CGAUCUCAUGGGCCCUGUCAACCACGUUGCCGUGGAUCGACUCCGUCCAUUCCACUCCCCUGACGCUCUAGGCUCUGAAAAAGCUCGGAAUCACACACCUAACUUAUCACCACACCUCUUUCCAACACAACCGGGAUCGCCGUGCUCGCGAUCGGCCCGUCCGCCCCCCCUGGAUCCUCCAGACACCUCGGGUCGGUUUUGGGCGUACGGCGCAGAGACUCUUCCCUUCGUCGCCGCUCCCAACAGCUCCUCGUCCGCCGCCACCCUGGCUGCCCUUGCGAUUCCUCCGCCCGCCAUGGGGACGGCGCUCGAGGCGCUCAAUGCGCCCUCUUCGCUGAGCGCCCGUCGCCCGGGCGCCCCGAGUCUUCCUAGCUUUGAGCUGCCGCCUCCGGAUUUCCGUCUCGGGCCUUCAUCGCAGAAGCUGCCUCUGCAGCCCGCCGCCAGUGCCGGUCUGAGCAGUGUUGGGAAUCUGUUGACGCCCCCCGCGACAAAUCAACCGAGCGAUCUGCAACAACAACAACAACAACAACAACAACAGCAGCAGCAGCAUCACCAUCAUCACCAUCACCACCAACAACAAUCACAUCCUCCGGGAGUUUCGUCUGCUCCAGAAGUCCCCUCGUAUUCCUCCUCUGCCUACUGGCCCGCUCAGAAUACGUACAUCCCGUCGUGGUCUUCGAAUACAGGCCGUGCGAUCGCGUCGCCGCCGACUAGCGAACCGUUGUCCCAACCGUAUGAUUUAAACCAGCUCCCCCCAUUCCAGCAGCAGCAGUCUGUUCCGUCGCCGAACGCACCGACGACAGCCGCGCCACCUCCUCACGCGAUAACCCUGCUGAGCCCUUCGGACAUGUACGCCUCGAAACCGUACGGCGGUAACUCGACGUAUCCAGCGCCACCUUCAUCGUACGGAGCUGCAGCAGGAGGAGGGGGAGGAACAGCCGGAGCAGCAGCAGCAGCAGCAGGAGGAGGAGGAGCAGGAGGACCGCUAGCCCGCCCCUCGCUGAGCUACCCGCCACGUCAACCGUGGCCGUCGUACUCGCUGCCGGCGAUGACGGGACCGGUGAUGACCAACGUGCACAGUCCAAACGGGCAGAUGUCGCUGCUGGGCGGCCUGCCGACGGGCCUACUUCCGGGGUUCAACAGCGGACAGGUGGCGAGUCUGGCGCAACAUGCGCAUGCGCACGCACAUGCGCACGCGCAUCAACACCCGCAUCACCAACACCCGGGGCAUCUGUACGGCGGGGCGGCGCUGCACCACGGCCACGCGGUGCCCACGGACCGGCCGUUCAAAUGCGACCAGUGCCCGCAGAGCUUCAAUCGCAACCAUGACCUCAAGCGACAUAAGCGGAUCCAUCUGUCUGUCAAGCCGUUUCCCUGCAGCCAUUGUGACAAGAGUUUUUCCCGAAAGGAUGCUUUAAAGAGACAUAUUCUCGUCAAAGGGUGCGGCAAGGAAGCCAAGGAAGAGCGCGAGAGCCCACGGUGAUGCAUUCCGGCGUUUUUAAGCGAUGU